AUGAAGGAGACGUUAGAUAGAUCAGAGCUGCGCAGAAUGCAGAGAGAGCAAGAGCGGGAACGACGCCGUAUCAGGGACCGGCAGAGGAGGCAGUCCAUGACCGUUGAACAGAGAGAACGACAUCUGGCUCGGCGUCGUAGGAACUAUCAGCUCAGAAGACUGAGAGCUGAAAAUGCCAAGGUGGAUUUCCAAUCUAAUCAAGUUAGCAAUGAACAACAACGUGAAGCUGUGAGUGAUGCACCAGAAGUCACUCAGGGUGAAAACAUGAGCUUACAGCCUUUGCAUUACUCCGACUGUUUGGAGGCUGUGGCUUGUAAAGAUUCAAAUUUGAGUGUCAAACGGUUGCGGUUGAGUCAUGUAAGGCGGCUUGCACGAACGGGGAAUCGUUUAGGGAGUGAGGUUAUUGCUGAUCACCUCAUUGUUGGAGAGGAGGUAGCUAAAAGUGAUGCCAAUAAUACAACUUGUGGUUUCCAAACUGGAGAUUUUGAUUCCAGUAGAUUGCCAAAUGGGCUACGUUUGAAUCGUGUUAAGCAGCUUGCACGGGCAAUAAAUUCUGCAACAAAUGAGGCUUCUGUUAACGGUCGCCUAGUAAUGGAAAAAAAUAUGAUGGAUCAGAAUCAUUCCCAGGGAGAAAGUCAUGAGAUUUGUAAUGACAGCUGUAAUUUGGACAAACUAUCGCUUGCAGAGGUGAAGUUGAAGGAUCUAACAUGGCCGUUGAUCUACCACCAGCUCGUAGAUUUCUCACAGAGAUUUGGUAUCACAUUUCAGGAUAAACUCCCAUCAUGGGCUAAUGUUGAGAGUUAA